AUGUCAAAGCGAGGUGCAGGGGGGCGGGCAAAGGGGGAGCGACCAGAUGCCAUGGCGACCCUUCAAGCAGCCAAUGAGGAGCUAAGAGCCAAACUAACAGACAUCCAAAUUGAACUACAACAAGAGAAGAACAAGGUGAGCCGUUUGGAGAGGGAGAAGACGGCAGAGUUGAAGGCGGAGCAUCACAGAGCGACCGUUGCCAUGACGGAGCUGAAGACCAAGCUCCAUGAGGAGAAGCAGAAGGAGCUCGCCGUUACCAGGGAGACGUUAUUACGGCAACACGAGAUGGAGCUGAUGAGAGUCAUCAAGAUCAAAGACGGCGAGAUCCAGCGUCUCAACAGCCUGGUGGGGACGCUGAGGGACGGAUCAGCUGACAAGGUGAGGAGCGCACUGAUGGUGGAGGUGGAGGAGGCUAGGAGGAGCUGGGACACAGAGCGCUGUCGCCUCCAACAGGAAGUGAUGGAGCUGCGGGGAGCAAAGAGGAGCGCCGAGGACGCUCUGAACUCGGCUCAACAAGCCUGUCAGGCCAGAGCAGCCGAGCUCCGAUCAGCUCAUCACCAACACCAGGAGGAGCUGAACCGAACAAAAAGAGAGUGUGAGAGAGAGAUACGGCGCCUGAUGGAUGAGAUAAAGCUGAAGGAUCGAGCCGUCAGUGUUUUGGAUAAAGCCCUCGGCCUUCAAGCUGGCCACGCCCACCGCCUCCAGCUGCAGACUCAGGCUGCUGAGCAGCAAAUCGCAGCCCUUAGAGAUGCCCAGAGGGCGGGGCUAACGCCACCUGGCCAAGGGCCUAGCCUUGUCCCUAGCACGCCUGCUCACAUCUCUCAAGAAGAUCGUGACACUCGUCGGUUCCAGCUGAAGAUCGCUGAACUCAGUUCAGUGGUCAGAAAGCUAGAGGAUCGUAACGCUCUGCUAUCAGAGGAACGCAACGAGCUGCUAAAGCGUCUGAGGGAGGCGGAGUCUCAGUUCCUUCCUCUUCUGGAUAAAAACAAGCGUCUGAGCAGGAAGAACGAGGACCUGGCCCUCGCUGUACGUCGCCUCGACAACAAGCUCCGCUUUGUCACCCAGGAAAACAUGGAGAUGGUAACUAUGAGACGGCCGAGUUCUCUUAAUGACCUUGACCGUAGCCGCUCAUCCAGUUACCAUGGUUACAGCCAGGACGACCGCGAAAUGGAGUUUCUGCGGUUACAGGUCCUGGAGCAGCAACACAUCAUCGAGGACCUGUCCAAGGCUCUGGAGACGGCUGGUUAUGUGAAGAACGUCAUCGAGAGAGACAUGUUGCUGAGGUACCGGCGACAAGACUCAGUGAGGAGGAAACGAACAUUCAGAGCCUGCAGGGUCAUUGAGACAUUCUAUGGUUAUGAUGAAGAGGCCUCCUUUGACUCUGAUGGAUCGUCUCUGUCGUUUCACACUGACAGGACUCCAGAUACUGAACCAGAGGAGAUGUGUGUGCGGGAGGAGGCGGAGCUUCGUUAUCGCCAACUGACCCAGGAAUAUCAGGCGCUGCAGCGGGCGUACGCUCUGCUGACAGAGACCUGUGGAGGAAACUACGACGCUGAGAAGGAAAUCAAGACUAGAGAGCAGCUGCUCAGUGAAAUCAGUCGUUAUGAGAGCAGAGUGGCCGAUCUGGAGUCAGCCCUAAAACAACAAGGACUGGAUGUAAAGUGGGUGGAGGAGAAGCAGGCAUUGUAUCAGAGGAACCAGGAGUUAGUGGAAAAGGUGCGUCAGCUGGAAGGUGAAGGGGUUUGUCUGAGAAACGACAUCCAGGACAUCAGAGACCAGAAUGAGCUGCUGGAGUUUAGGAUAUUAGAGCUGGAGGAGCGUGAGAGACGCUCACCUGCCAUCAACUUCAGCCAGUAUCAUUUCCCAGAAGGCCUCAGUCCUCUGCAAAUCUACUGUGAAGCUGAAGGAGUAACUGAGAUCAUCAUCAGUGAGUUGAUGAAGAAGCUGGACAUCCUGGGAGAUAACGCCGUAAGUAAUCUUACCAAUGAGGAGCAGGUGGUGGUCAUCCACGCCAGGACGGUGCUCACCUUAGCCGAGAAGUGGUUGGAGUCCAUUGAGGUGAUGAAGUCAGCGCUGCAGCAGAAGAUGCUGGACAUCGAGAGUGAGAAGGACCUGUUCAGUAAACAGAAGGGUUACCUGGAUGAGGAACUGGACUACAGGAAGCAGUCUAUGGAUCAGGCUCAUAAGAGGAUCCUGGAGCUGGAGGCCAUGUUGUUUGAUGCUCUCCAGCAGGAGGAGGGGCUAAAAAUGGAGGCGGGCCAUCUGUCUGAAACACUUUCAGACAGUGAGAGGGAGGAGCUUCGGAAGGCAAUGGACCAAUGGAAACGAACCGUGAUGUUUGAGCUGAGGGAGCGAGACGCCCAGAUCCUCAGAGACAGGAUGGAAAUACUCCAGCUGACCCAGCAGAGGAAUAAGGAGCUGGAGGAGUUUAUUGAAGCACAGAAGCGACAGAUUAAAGAACUGGAGGAAAAGUUUCUGUUCCUGUUUUUAUUUUUCUCUUUGGCUUUCAUCCUGUGGUCCUAACGGCAACAGGGCCGUCAGGCUUCAACAAUCCAGCUGUUGAGACCCUGGCACUCUGGAUCAGUGGAGAUCAGACAAAUGGACUAAAGGACGGGAUGACAGGAUAACUUGAAAGGUUGAAUUUAGUCACACACUGACCUAUGACCCUCCUCUGGCUGCUGUCUGUCAGUUAGAGCAAAGCUAGGCUGUCAGGUGACUGUGACGCUUCACCCCCACGGACUGGAACCAUGACCACAAAAUUCCUGAGAGACUGGCACUGGUGACCUAGGGUGCUAAACUGGUGCUAACUUCAUAAUGUGUUGGUUUAGCUCGCUAAGAUAGCUGGGUCAGCUUGGUUGGCUCAGCUAACUAGCUAAGUUAGCUGGGUCAGCAUGGUUGACUCAGCUAACAAGCUAAGAUAGCUGGGUCAGCAUGGUUGGCUCAGCUAACUAGCUAAGAUAGCUGGGUCAGCAUGGUUGACUCAGCUAACAAGCUAAGAUUGCUGGGUCAGCAUGGUUGACUCAGCUAACUAGCUAAGAUAGCUGGAUUAGCAUAGCUGACCUCAAUGAAGUAGUUUUAAGGGUCAAAGUUCAGUGAUGUGCUGUUCAGCUAGCAUGAUAUCAUAGGAGCUGGUCAAAUGUGGCGUUCUCGUCUGCUCUGGGAAACAUUCAGAUCAUCUUCCCUUCAACCUGCUUGGCUGACCAACUGGCCGACAACGGUUCUCAUGGACCUAUGGUUACCGUUGGCAACCAUGAUAUAACAGAAUCAAGCUAGGACCAAACAGUGACGAGGGACGGACGCUGUCAACACACCAGCAGGUCUAUGGAGGUCAGAGGUCAGAGCUGCCAUGAGACAAGAGCCGAGGAGACAGAGCAUGAAGUUUAAAAAAAUAACCUGAAACAGUUUUAAACCUGGGUUAGUUUUAACCUGGAUUAGGUUCCACCUGGGUAAGGUUUAUCCUGGGUAAGGUUUAACCUGGGUAAGGUUUAACCAUGAGUCUGUUCAGUUUACUAUCCUGACUUUGGACCUAAAGGGAACAGACCAUAAAAAGAACAUUUUCAGCAAAUAUGUCACUUCUUUAUGGAGGAGACCAACAAGUCCAUGCAGAGAUCUGCCCACACCACGGAUAAGCUUCAACCAUCGGCAAACACCGCUCUGGAUCUGUUUCCAAACAAAGCAACUAGAGACAGAUUGAACAAUACCCAACACGGCCAACGCAACCAGACAACCAACACAACCAGAUACGGCCAACACAACCAGACACGGCCAAUGCAACCAGACAGCCAA